CAACUGUAGCUGCUUGUUUCAUUUCCAGGCUUAUUUCGGUGAAGCACGAAAAUGAAGAACAAUUUUAUUCAUUUAUACUUACUAUCCUUAACUUUUGUCGUUUGCUGGGCUCGUGGUGUCCCAACAUCGGUCAACGAGUCUAAAGCAAAAGUGAACUGCCCAAGCUAUUUGCAAAAUAAUGUAGAAGUGCCUUGCUGGACUUUAGGCUUUAACGCAAAAUGCUAUUGCUUUUCCGCGACCAAACGUCUUGAUUGGAGACGAGCAAACGAAUUCUGCAGAGGAGGAGGUAUGGUAUUGCUUGGUCUUGAAACUUUCGAGGAAGACAUGUUGAUCUCGAAUCACAUCAAAGGAACCAGUUCGCCAAAUUUGCUAGACGACUACUAUUGGACAUCGGGAAGAUACUCUCAAGAAGGAAGGAAUCGAUGGGAAUGGGCUACUGUCGAACCUUACCAGCCAAUGACUUACACCAAUUGGUAUCCCGGGUUACCUAACAACAACUUACCUGGAAGCUUUGCCUACGUCAACUAUCUCUUCGACACUGGAAUUUGGUUUGACAUGGCAAACACUACAUCUAUCUUAUUCAUAUGCGAAUCAAUUGAUGGUUCGACAACAACCACUUCGACUACCGGUUCUUUGACAACUGCUGAACCGCCAACAACGGAAUCGCCAACAACAGAACCACCGCCAACAACUGGACCGCCAACAACGGAUCCGCCAACAACAUACCGGCCGCCAACGACUGAACCGCCAACGACUGAACCGCCAACGACUGAACCGCCAACGACUGAACCGUCAACAACGGAACGGCCAACAACUGAAUAUUCAACUGUUAAAAAAUAAAUAAGUGCAAAAAAAAAAAAUAA